GCCGGGACAGGGCUCUCCUCCAGGGCUGGGCUUCCCAAGGCAUCCCCCCAGGAUAAGGGCCCUCCCUGGCGGGGUCUCCUCCGGCAAGAUGCCGAGCACCCGGAAGAAGCUGCUGUUCCUGGCGGGCUUCGGGACCAGCCUGGGCUCGCUGGCGACCGUGUGCCUGGCCCUGGCCACCCCGCAGUGGGUCACCGGCAGCAUCAAGUUCAGCGACAGCAGCUUCUCCAACGGCAGUGUCGUCCUCACCUACGGACUGUUCCGCGGCGAGAGCUCCCAGGAGCUGACCUCGGGCCUGGGGCAGUCGGACCUGGUCUUCGAAGUUUUAACGGCCCUGUCGGACUCCUCUCCGAAAAGCCUCCAUUCAGCGGUCAUCGCCCUCCUGUCCCUCAGCUUGUUCACGUCCCUGCUGAGCUCUGGGUUAACGCUUUUCAACAUCAUCAGCAACCCCUACCAGACCUGGCUCGGCCCCACCAGCAUUUUCACUUGGAACGGACUCAACGCUGCCUUCAUCGUGACCGCCAUGAUCCUGUUUGCGGUGAACACGCAGGCCAACGGCCUGUCGGUGGCGAUAAGCUCGGCCAUUUACCUGUCGCAGGGCUACAGCUACGGCGGCGCCACCCACAGCUACCUGUACGCCUUCUGGCUGCUGCUCCUCGUGCUGUCCCUGAAUGCCCUCACCGUCGCCGCUGUGGCCUUUUACCAGAACGCCAGCUACCAGAGGCAGCAGAAGCGGCGGAAGCCCAUGGAGAACGCCCCCCGAGAUGGCAUUCUGUUCUGAAGGCCGUGCUUCUCGCCCGCCCUCCAACGGACCCACUGGUGCCCGGUUUGGGCACUGAAGCCAGGGGCACCGGGCCUAUGGGACAUUGAUCC